UUAUGCUGUUGCAAAAGAAAGUAAAACGAAGUCAUUAAAUCCUAAAAGUCCCGAGUCUUCACAAAGAAAGAGAAGUCAAUAUGUUCUCAUUCUAAUAAGUCAAAUAAUGAUGCAAGACUUAUCUUAAUACUGUAGACUCUAGAAAAUUAAGUCAUUAAAUAAAACAAAAGUCCAAGUCUUCACAAAGAAAGAGAGUCAUUACAUCUCACUCUAACAAGUCAAAUUAUGGGUGCAAGACUUUUCUUGAUAAUGUAGAGUGUAGACAGAUCAAGCAAUAAAAUUAUUUAGCCCAUAGUCAACUAAAGAAAGAGACAUCAAUAUUGACUUUUAGUCCAACAAGCAAAGUCAUCUAUUCUACAUAAGGAUCCAAGUCUUGUAGUAACAAAUUUCUUUGUAUUCCAGUCAUCCAUGGAUGGAGAUAAAUUUUUAUUAUUUAGUACUGCAAACAGACUAAUACUUGUAUUAGGGUAGGCUGUCUACAUCACAUCCUUGGGGUGCGGACCUUCCCUGGACCCCUGCAUGAAAGCAGGAUACCUUUAAACAGAUUAAUGCAAGACUUGUCGAAGUUCUGUAUUUGCCACUGGCACAACUGCAAGCUUCAUUUUUAAGGUCUUCCAGUUGAGAUGACCAUCUUUUCCCUCUUGCACUUACUUCUCAUCAACAUAGUAUUUUUUGCUAUGGCCGGUAAAGGAGCAUAUGAUUGCAAAGAGUCCAGGUGUGGAAGUGAUGGCCCUAGCCUUCAUUUUCCCUUCAGGCUUCAACAUCAGCCCGAAUAUUGUGGCUAUCCUGGCUUCGAGUUAUUUUGUGACAGCAAAAACAAAACUAUACUCACCCUUUCCAAUUCAGUUAGACUAUCUGUUGAAAUAAUUGAUUAUAUGUCUCAGCAGAUUCGCCUUUAUGAUCCUGAACGUUGUCUUAUUCUUACGCUAGUCCACCUUAAUUUAUCAACAUCUCCUUUCUUUUUCACUGUUGAACCCUAUCUUAGGUUAGCUGACUAUUCAGUUUUCAAAUGUUCUGGUAUCACAGCAGAUUAUCAGACCCAACAACCUUGUGCCUCUGACAAAGCAAUAUUUGCUAUCGACUCCUCAAGUUAUUUGUAUUAUCUCCCCCCUACAACUUGCAAAAAGAUUCUCGAAAUUCCAUCAGUUCCCUAUGAAAUAGUUUACAAUUACCUUCAACUCCGUUGGUCAAAUCCGGAGUGUAGAUACUGUGAAGGUCUUGGUAAGGAUUGUGGCUUCAAGAACUAUACCAAGCAACUGAGAACUCAGUGUCUCGACCGACCAUACACUACAAAAGCUGGUACAUUAAAGAAACCACUGAUUGCAGGUGGAGUUCUAGGUCUUAUUCUUUUGGGAAUUAUUAUGUUGGCACUCUAUGAGUUUUAUAGCUCAAGCAAAAUAGAAAGAGAGAAUCAAGCGAGAGUUGAAAAGUUUCUGGAAGACUACAGAGCUCUCAGGCCUACUAGAUAUACUUACGCAGAUCUUAAGAAGGUAACAAAUCUGUUUCAGGAAAGAUUGGGAGAGGGAGCUUACGGGGUUGUUUAUAAAGGAACACUUUCUAAUGAAAUUCAUGUUGCUGUCAAAGUGCUAAAUGACUCCAUAGGAAAUGGGGAAGAAUUUAUUAAUGAAGUUGCAGCAAUGGGAAAAAUCCACCACUUCAAUGUGGUUCGCCUAGUUGGCUAUUGUGCUGAUGGAUUCAGAAACGCUCUCGUGUAUGAAUAUUUGCCAAAUCAGACGCUUGAAAAACUCAUUUUUCCAGCAAGUUCCAAAGAUCACAUUAUCCUUAAUUGGAAGAAGCUUCAAAAUAUUGCUAUGGGUAUAGCGAAAGGACUGGAGUAUCUUCAUCAAGGAUGUGACCAACAAAUCCUUCAUUUCGAUAUCAAACCCCAAAAUAUUCUGUUAGAUCGUAACUUGAACCCAAAGAUCUCUGAUUUUGGUCUUGCCAAGUUAUGCUCUAAAGAGAAAAGUGUUGUAACCAUGACUGAAGCUAGAGGAACCAUGGGUUAUAUUGCACCAGAAGUAUUAUCCAGCAAUUUUGGAAAAGCGUCUCAUAAAUCUGAUGUCUAUAGCUUUGGAAUGAUGCUAUUUGAAAUGGUUGGAGGGAGGAAGAAUUUUGAUGCAAAAGCCAAUACUAGCCAAAUGAACUUUCCCGAGUGGAUUCAUCAACAGCUGAAUCAAGGUGAGGUGUUAAAAAUCAGGAUUGAGGAAGAUGAUGAUAUCAUAAUUGUAAGGAAAUUGGCCAUUAUAGGACUUUGGUGCAUCCAAUGGAAUGCAACGGAUCGACCUUCCAUCAAAGUUGUUACUCAAAUGGUAGAAGGAGAUGGGAGCAAUCUAACUAUCCCUCCGCCUUUUACAGCAAGAUACACCACCCACGUAGGAGCUGGACUGACGGAAUGCCCUUCUAGAGAAGAGUGGAGUGAAAUAUCAGAACUAGAAUGAAUGGAAGCCGCAUCUAAUGGAAGUGGAAGCUUGAAUUUUAGUAACUUGAUUAGAUAUCUGUUGAAUUAUCUAGUGCUACGACACAACUCUUUUACAUGUGCAAGAUAAUUAUUGUGACUGUGUCUAGUUUGUUUUUCCCUGUAACAUUAAGUAGUUAACUGUUCUAAUAAAUGAUUCUCAACUUAACGCUCUCUCAAAAGUUAUUACAGGUACCCUAAGGGAUCAUCUGAUUGGCCACAUCAGUAAAAUAAUUUUCGGAUGAAAUCCAUCAUAGAAUAACACAAUGGUGUUGCUAGCUAGGCCGCAUCAGUACAAUGUUUGAUUAGCCAUAUAAGAAAAUAUAAUCUCUGCAUAACUAAUGCAACACUAAGAAUAUAAUUAACUGAAAACUUACCACAUUCAGGUCAUGUCAGAAGAAAACACCCACUAAUACUUUGCAAAAGGAGUACAAUAUCUCUACAAUAGCGCAUAGCAUGACACAGACACAUAAUGACCUUAUAGUUUUAUGUCUAGAAAGAACUAAUAAAAAAACAAAAUAUGUGAAGAAAGUAUCAGAUACAAUUCAUAGAUUUCAAGGAAAUAGAGGAACCUGAAUU